CGCCUCCUCGGAGUCCAGGACUCUGGGGAUGAAAGCUCACUUUCCUCCGCGUGGCGCGUCCUGUCACGGUGCAUGGUUUAGGUUGAGCUGCUUUUCUCUCCACAAUUCCGAGGCCACGCGCCCUCGUGGUGACUCCCGGGGGAGGCCGGGGUGAGGAGCUCGGGUGCUCCCGGGGCGCCGUCAUGUGAUCCCAGGAUGAGGUGGAGUUCGGCUUUAAGGGGGCGUCUCUUCCUAUCUACACCAAUCUUUAGGGUUGGAACAGGGGAAACUGCAGCGGAUCUUUGCCGCCCCGCCUGCUCCCUGGCUGGACACCUUUCCCGCUUUAACCCACGAGCCAAAGAGAAGAAUUCGGAAGGAGGUUAUUCAGUUCAUGUGGAUGAAGAACGCAGAGUAAUUGUGGUAAAUGGAUUCCAAUAAGGGAAAGAAGGAUAACCCGAACAGUUAAAAUGCUUUGAAGAAGCAUAUUGUGCAUUUGUCUAAUCUAUUACAACAAAACCGAUCAAAAUGAAUUCAACGUCAUUUUCUCAGCUUGAAAACCAUUCAGUUCACUAUAACUUGUCAGAGGAGAAGCCCUCAUUUUUUGCAUUUGAAAAUGAUGAUUGUCAUCUGCCGUUGGCUGUGAUAUUUACCUUAGCUCUCGCUUAUGGAGCCGUGAUCAUUCUUGGGGUCUCUGGAAACCUGGCUUUGAUCUUAAUCAUCUUAAAACAAAAGGAGAUGAGAAAUGUCACCAACAUCCUGAUCGUGAACCUGUCCUUCUCAGACUUGCUCGUUGCCAUCAUGUGUCUCCCCUUCACAUUUGUCUACACACUAAUGGACCACUGGAUCUUUGGUGAGAUCAUGUGCAAGCUGAAUCCUUUUGUGCAGUGCGUUUCGAUCACCGUGUCCAUUUUCUCUCUGGUUCUCAUUGCUGUGGAACGACAUCAGCUGAUCAUCAACCCGCGAGGGUGGAGACCAAAUAACAGACACGCUUACAUAGGUAUUGCUGUCAUUUGGGUUCUUGCUGUGGCUUCCUCUCUGCCCUUCAUGAUCUAUCAAGUGCUGACUGACGAGCCGUUCCAAAAUGUAACGCUGGAUGCAUUCAAAGACAAGUUGGUCUGCUUUGAUCAGUUCCCGUCGGAUUCCCACCGGUUGUCCUACACUACUCUUCUCUUGGUGCUGCAAUACUUUGGUCCACUCUGCUUUAUAUUCAUAUGCUACUUUAAGAUCUACAUUCGCUUAAAAAGGAGAAACAACAUGAUGGACAAGAUGAGAGACAGUAAGUACAGGUCCAGUGAAAGCAAAAGAAUCAACAUCAUGCUGCUGUCCAUUGUGGUAGCCUUUGCGGUCUGCUGGCUGCCUCUUACCAUCUUUAACACUGUGUUCGAUUGGAAUCACCAGAUCAUUGCCACGUGCAACCACAAUCUCUUGUUCCUGCUGUGCCACCUCACGGCAAUGAUAUCCACUUGUGUCAACCCCAUAUUUUAUGGAUUCCUGAACAAAAACUUUCAGAGAGACCUGCAGUUCUUCUUUAACUUCUGUGAUUUCCGAUCUCGGGAUGAUGACUAUGAGACAAUAGCCAUGUCGACCAUGCACACGGAUGUGUCAAAGACUUCUUUGAAGCAAGCAAGCCCACUUGCAUUUAAAAAAAUCAGCUGUGUUGAGAAUGAGAAAAUCUGAAAGUGCUUGGAGCACAUAGUCUCUUUAAAAGCAAGUACACCCUGCCAUAUUUUUGUCAACUGUUCUCCCAUGGAAUGGAUUGAAAUCAUUUGAGAAAGACCAGGAGUUUCUUGUCUUGCCUUUCACUGCUUUUGUCAUAGUUGUCAUUAUUAUAUUUGGAACAAAAUGUGUGGGGUUUGGAAUCUUCUGGCAAUAGUUUUAACCAGAUUUCCUUGAAGUGCUUUUUAUGAAAUUAUGCAUAUAACAUAAAGACUUUGAGACUGUAUUUAUAUGAAAGAAAUUUCUUGGGAGUAUUACUGUAAACUGACUUCAGAAGCACUAGCCCCCUUAAACUCACAUUACACUGGGCCAUCUUGAUUAGAUUCGUGUGUCAUUACAUUAGGCCACCCUCAUUAAUGAGAGGCACCAUUUUAGUCUGUUGUAGAAUUGAUGGCAUGAAAAUGCUACAGUAAGAGUAUAGAACUCAAAGAGAGUCUGAAGAUUUUCCAGAAUGGUUUUCCUUUUUUUUUUCCUAUUGUUAAUAUAGGACUUGAUUUUCUUCUAAUUGGGUGUCAUUUAAGAUACAAAUGUAUAAAAAUACUUCUCAGUUGUGAAUAAUGUGGGGAAUUAGACUACCUAAAGAAUGAAGUGGGAAGUCAGUUCCCUGAUUUCCAGACUAUUUUGAAACCUGACAACCAAAGCAUUUCAGAGUAAUUAGUUUAGCAAAUGAAGUAGACCUGCUGCAAAGGAAGUAUAUUCAUCUGAAUUGACAGUCAAGAAGUUUCCCAGCCUUUACAGACUGUUCAGUGUUUGUCAAGCUUUCUCACACCACCAUGUACUUUGAAAGGCGUUUUCAGCUUUACAAUAUGUAGAAAUGCAAAAUGUAUUUCCUUUACUGGAGUGCCUACCUUAGGAAAUUAUUUUUCACUUUCACUGACCAUCUUUCAAAGCAAACAAUACCAAGGGACAGUGUUUUAAAAAAUGUUCACUGCAGCUAGCAGGCAUAAAUACCUAAAAACGUCCUGUAGCUCAUGUUACUUUGUAUAAACUGUGUGACUUGUGGAAUUUUAUAAACCAUGCACUAUAUAGAGUACUGAGAAAUUGUGCUAUGUGAAUAUACUUAAUUUCAUGUAUCUUGUAAUCAUGAUUGAGCCUAAUGUUUUUGAGAAAAGACAUUUUAAAGAACAAGACACAUCUUGAAUGUACUAUACAAAGUAUUAAAUGUGUUUGAUUUCAGAAGGGCAAGCACUUUCUUCAUUAAAAAGUUGUUUUUGCUUUUUC